AUGCACGUUUAUUGGAAUAAUUGGAAUGUUACAACACAUAUUGGGAGCGUUAAGAGUAGAAUUUAUACUGAUUUCUAUGCCCGUUGUGCUAAACCUAACUCACGCGGAAGCCGUUUCUCUUUAGUGUUGCCAUGUGCACCAAGAUUAGGAGGUCUUGGCGGGACGAAUAUCAAGCCCUUUUAUGCAGAAGGAGGUGGGAUCUACACAUAUGAGGGAAUCGAUCUUGAUAAUCCUGAUAUCUGUCCUCGUGAAGACUUGAGAGAGGACGCGUUUUGCUUGUGCGAUCUCCACCCAUGGCUGGCAAGACUUCACAGGCCCAACUUUUGUGAGGAGUGCAAGCUCGUUAAAACAAUCCCCAUUAUCGAUGAAGUUCAGAUGCUUUAUUCCAAAGGACUCCACGAGCCUUCAUAUCAUGGUGGUGAUGCUUUCUUGAGUGUGGUCAAGAACUGCCGGCAGUUUGGUCAGCUCUGCAUAGUUUCCUUUGCCGUAUAUGGUUACCAAGGUGCCUGGGAUGGCUCAAUGCUCACAAUGGAUGUAUCACCAAUUGCGAUCAACCUUCAGAAUACUUGGAGUUUAGAAAACGUACGCUUCACCGAUGAAGAAUACAAUGACUACAUCUCAUGUUUCUGUAAAAAAUAUUUUGGAAACAUGAAAGAUGAUGAUGCUUUAUGUCUUCAACAAUAUGUGUACAAUAUGACAGAUCGUCAUCCAGGACUGUCGCAUUCUUCAUGGACCUUAUUUCAGCCAGCAAUUGAAGUACCCAAAAGAGGGUUCGCGAACGAAUUAACGCUCAAAACGAUAAUCGAAAAAAAAGGAAAAUUCGAAUUUGCUGCACCUUACCUGUGCGUGCUUUACAUGCGGGAGCGUUGGGAACCACUAGCAGGGUGGGAGAACCUCAGAAGCUUCAUAAUUGAUACCUUCAUUGUCAUGGACACCAAGGCAUUACAGAAGUCAUUUGGUGUUGGCAAAGACAAGCGACUCCUAGAGCGAGUAUGGCAGAUGGAGUUUUACCGGUCUGCCACUCAAGUCCUUCCUAAUGAUAUCAAUAUUUCUCCUAAUGUUGGAUCAGAUUUCGGUUCACGUGGAUUCGUAGGCUUCUAUGUUGAUGAUGACCGGGAUGAUUGA